AUGUCGUCGUCCUCGGCGAUGCCGCCGCCGGCGUCGCCGCGGGAGCACGUGGAGAGGAUCCGGCGGGAGCGCUACUACAUCGGGCGCGGCGAGCAGAACCCACUGGCGGAGGACAUGCACCAGGCCGUCAACUACCUCUCUCAGGAGCUCUACUCCAAGGACGUGCACUUCCUCAUGGAGCUCGUGCAGAACGCUGAAGAUAAUGAAUACCCUUCUGAAGUAGCACCUUCUUUGGAGUUCCUCAUUACAUCAAAGGAUAUUACUGGAUGUGGUGCAUCCUCAACUUUGCUCAUCUUCAACAAUGAGAGGGGUUUCUCUGCAACCAAUAUAGAGUCAAUUUGUCGUGUUGGGAAAUCAACAAAGAAGGGAAACAGACAUCAGGGUUACAUUGGAGAGAAAGGUAUUGGGUUCAAAAGUGUGUUCUUGAUAUCAAGUCAGCCCCACAUAUUCAGCAACGGCUAUCAGAUCAAGUUCAAUGAGAAACCUUGUGCAGAAUGCAAUAUUGGGUACAUUGUACCUCAGUGGGUGGAAUCCACACCUAGCCUUUCUGACAUCGAAGCAUUAUAUGGGUGCUCAAAGGUCCUACCUACAACUAUCAUCAUCUUACCAUUGAAGAGUGAGAAGAUUGAUGCGGUGAAGAGGCAGCUGUCAAGCAUGCAUCCUGAAAUGCUACUGUUCCUGACAAAGAUCAGGAAACUUUCUGUCCGGGAGGAUAACUCUGAUCCCAGCAAUACAACUGUUAGUGAGAUUUCGAUAUCCAGUGAAAAGAACUACCAAGCCAGGAAGAACAUGCAUGCUGAGUCGUACACAAUCCAUUUAUCUGCUGAAGGGACCGGGAAAGAUGAAGCUGAAUGUGAGAACAGAGUCGAUAAGCGUGCUGAAAUUGAUGAAUGGGUGAUAACCCUGGCCUUCCCACAUGGCGGCGUCCUGUCCCGUGGGAAGCAGCUAUCACCUGGCAUCUAUGCUUUCCUCCCAACUGAGAUGGUAACAAGCUUCCCCUUCAUCAUUCAGGCUGACUUCCUCCUUGCUUCGUCAAGGGAGGCUAUACUGUUUGACAGUCCGUGGAACAAGGGAAUUCUAGAGUGUGUCCCAAGCGCUUUCAUGGAUGCUUUUGUAACACUCAUAAAGUCUGGAGCUGAUGCAUCACCAUCAAUGUCUCUGCCAUCUAUGUUCAACUUUCUACCUGUCAAUUCUUCACAGAUCCCACUGCUUGAGACAGUUAGGUCUGCCAUCAAUCUUCAGAUGUUUCCUGAAGACGAGCAUUUCCUUGAGCCUUCAAUGCUAGCACCUCGCUCUCAAGAACGGAAGAAGAUUCGAAGGUACGCUGCCGCCUCUGCGCUACGUACCUCCGGCGAUUUUGAUCGUCGACUUAUCUUCCAUCGCGCCGUUAGCAUGGGGCUCCCAUUCAACCAUCGCAUGAUUCGCGCCGAACUCCUUGACACCUCCCGUUAUCUUCUUGGUGAACGUCGGGGAAGAGGACAAGGGCUUCGAAUGCGAGUAAGUGGGCGUGGUGGACGUCAUCGUCACUCCACCGAUGCUCCAAUGGCCCCUGCGCCAGCAACGGGAUCCAUCUGCCCCGAUCACGGACCGGGACCAUGUCCGUCGUGGCUGCCGCGGUUCUGCGUCGAACAUGGCCACGGCCCCUACCCGUCUCCUGCACCUGAAGUCGCCGUCCCCUCUAACUGGGCCGCCCCUGAGCCGAUGGAGGUCGAGCCGGCGCCACCAACGCCGACUCCGUACUUCACCAUGGUGGGUUUGAGGAGGGCACGGAGCCGCUCCCCAUCAACGACAGCGGCACGCCGCUCAGCCCCGACGCGCCUGCCCGUGCUCGCGCGUGGUGAAAUUUCGAGCAGCCGCGCCCUCGAUGACGCCCCGCCUCCUCCGCCUCUGCCGACUGCGCCGAUUCCACAUCGCGUCCAAGCUGCGAAGCCACCAACCGCCGCCCCGGCCUGCGACAGACCUGGCUCCGCGUCCCUCACGGACCAUCGGCGCGCGGCCUCCCCAACGGCCACGCCGGGUCAAGCGAGAAUGGCGGCGCGGGGCACCUCUCCUCACACGAGGUUGAGGGCCGCGCCCCCUUGCCAGCCUAAGCAUCUCGAGGGAGGAGGGAGCGCUGUUCGGCUGCUUGAAUCCGUCGGUAACGGGGCGAUUCGGCGACUGCAGCGGCCUCCUCCAUGGCAACGGCGGUGGUGUUUCUGCAGGCUCCGAUAG